AUGGGUGGCUACGAGAAUGUCGACACAACUGUGUACCGAUACGCUAUCUGGAACUACAUCCAUGCUCUGUUUGGCAUUCGGCACGAUGACUACGACUAUGCCAAGGUAAACACCUUACUGUCUCGUGAGAUGAAGACAUUUGUCAAGAUGGCGGCAUGCUACCCUCAUCGCAUUAGCGAAGAUAUACGAGCGUCUGUUAUGAAAGAUUUCAAGAUGUCUGAGAAGAUCCAUGUGAUGCUGCUGAUUAUGGAAGCCCGUCUGCAAGCGUCGAUGUUAUACUUCACUCGAGGUUUGACUAAUCACUACUCGCGUGCGAAGAAAUCCAGUCAGCCGAAACGUCUCGAUUGA